AUGGUGGAAGACAUGAAAGGUAAAAUUCGGGUGUUUUGCCGGAUUCGACCAGUGAGUCGAACCGAGACUGCGCAGGGUGGGGCCAUCAUUGUGGAUAAAAUAGAUGAUUACACUGUUAGUGUGGAAACCUCACGUGGGCUUAGAGAGUUUCAGUUUGACCAGGUGUUCAGUGCUGAAACCUCUCAAGAAGACCUGUUUCAUGACACCAACAGACUGAUCCAGUCGGCUAUUGAUGGUUACAACGUCUGCAUCUUUGCAUAUGGCCAGACGGGCUCAGGGAAGACCUUUACCAUGGUUGGGGACAAGGAGCAGAAGAACCCUGGGCUCAUGCCGAGAUCUUUUAAUGCCAUAUUUGAUAUCAUACGAGAAAACAGCACCAAAUUCAGCUUCAAGGUUUCGGCCUAUAUGUUGGAGCUGUACAACGAUAGACUGCAGGACCUCUUUGUGAGCCUGGCUGGUGAGGCCCAUGCACAGCCCCAGUCCCAUGGACAAGCCAGGCGGGUGGAGAUCAAGAGGAACAGAAAGGGGGUUGUGUUUGCCCAAGGAGCAGAGACAAAGGAGGCUUCCAGUGCCCAGGAGCUCUACGCUCUGUUCCAGCAGGCCUGCGCCAACCGACACAUCUCUGCCACCAAAAUGAAUGUGGAGAGUUCCCGCUCCCACCUCAUUGUUGGCAUCAUGGUAGAGAGUAGGAAUCUGACCAACGGGAGUGUGAGCACUGGGAAGCUGAGCCUGGUGGACCUGGCAGGCAGUGAGAGAGCCGCCAAGACUGGAGCCAAGGAUCACCAGCUGAAGGAAGCUAACUCCAUUAACAAGUCUCUUAGUGCCCUCGGUGAUGUGAUAUCUUCUUUGUCUGCUGAAAUGCCCCAUGUACCAUACCGGAAUAGCAAGCUGACCCAGGUCAUGCAGGACUCCCUGGGUGGCAACGCUAAAACACUCAUGAUUGUAAACAUCUCUCCCUCAGAGUGCAACCUUGAUGAGACACUCACAUCACUCUUUUACGCAACAAGAGUAAAGGCCAUAACCAACAGUGCUCAGAGAAAUGUGGAAAGCAAAGAGAUUGCUCAGCUAAAAGAGGUGAUCAUGAAGUUGAGAUCAGGACAGACAGUGGAAGAGGAUGAGGUCUAA